AUGGUGAAUUCCAGGAAGAUUGACAAAUAUAAAAGGAUACUGGGAUAUCAAUCUUGUUUUUCAAAUUGUGCCAACAAGAUUUGGAUAUUUUGGUCCUCUGACUAUGUGAUAGAUAUUCUGGAGGAUAGAGAACAACAUGUUCUCUUGCGGAUUUCUAACUCUAUAGGUACUCAACCCUUUUACAUUUCUGCUCUCUAUGCAAAGUGUGAUGAGACUUCGAGAUGUGUCUUAUGGGAGGAGCUUAGAGAUUUAGCCAGUGGGGUUAAUGGUCCAUGGGGGGUGGUGGGUGACUUUAAUGUUGUUUCAUGUGAGGAGGAGAAGAAAGGAGGAAGACCUUUCAGAGUUGAAAAUAGUUUGGAUUUUCUGGCUUGUUUAUCUGACUAUGGACUUCAGGAUGCUGGAUAUUGUGGCUCUCUGUUCACCUGGAGUGAAAACAGGGAUCCCCCCAAUACUAUUUGGGAGAGGUUGGACAGGCUGGUCUACAAUGCAGAAUGGUUUGAUGCAUUUGGGAGCACAGUCGUCACCCACCUAUCUAGGUCUUGCUCUGACCAUGCUCCAUUACUGAUAUCUGCGGCCAGCACUGACUGUGAUUUUAAGCUUAAGAAAGUGUGUUCUACUCUCAGUGCUUGGUCCAGACAAGCUUUUGGUGAUAUAUAUGAAGAACCAAAGAGGCUUGAAGCUCUCAUAAGAAGUUUGGAGGAGGCAAUGAUCUCUGAUCCAUCUCCUUAA